AUGGCCACUUCCGGGCCGCCGAAAUUCCUUCGCUCGCUGCCGGUCAUCACGGAGAUCGCCCCCGGUGAUAUCCUCACGUUCCAGGUUCAGGUUGACUGCGAGCCACAUCGAGUAGCUUGGCUUCAUUGCGGGGAAGUUGUUCUGAACUCUGCGAGGAAGCACGUCACGGCACACCCCAACGGAUGGCAUGAGCUUGUCAUAGGCAACGCGAGCGAAGAGGAUGAGGGCGAAUACGAGUGCAGGGUGGAGGCUUCUGACGGACAAAGCGCCUCGUGCUUCACGGAUGUCUACUUUGUCCAGGAUGACAACGGUUCCCGAGACCAAUCGGAGGGAAGCGGUCCUGCAGAAGCAGAUGUCCGAGGUAUUAAGGAAUCUGGUCUGCUCAUCCUCAUCGAUGACGGCUCCGAUGAGGACGAGCAGAGCGGGAACGGAGCUGAAUCUGUUGGGAGCCGCAAGAGAACGCUCACCGCCAGUGAGCAGUUCCAGGGCUUCCUCGACGAGAUCUCCCGAAAAGGCGAUGACGACGAUGAAGAUAGUUUCACGCUGGAAGAAGAAGAGUUCGACGAGGAGCUAGCGAUUGGAGGCAGCCCGACGAGACCACAGUAUUGCACCCAAGUCAGCUCAACUUCGCAGGGCUCUUCCACCCGACACCCGAACAUUUGCGACGCGUUCUCAGACCUCGAGGCUCCGAUCGGGACACAUCAUUCGUCUUUUACAUCUACGAUUUCUUCGGCGCAGUCAUCUACGGGAACUCUCAUGAAUGAAGAAUUGUCGUCUAGCCCUCGUGAAGCGCAAGGACCUUUAGAAACAAUGGAAGAAAUUCCGGACGACGAAGACUCGGUGGUACCAAACAUUCCGGCAGCAGAACAUUCCAGCUCAACGAUCGCUUCGCUUCAAAUUUCAGCUGAUCCUCCGACAGAAAAACUGGCCGCCGUCAUGAAAGAUCGCGUGUUUCGAUGCGCUUCCAAAUUCGAUUGA